AUGGCGUUAAAAGUACUCUCUGCCCUUGAUGCAGCAAAAAUACAGUAUUAUCACUUCAAAGCCAUAAUAGUAGCAGGCAUGGGACUCUUCAGUGACUCCUAUGAUCUCUUUUGCAUCCCUCCAAUCCUGAAGCUUCUCGGCCGAGUAUAUUACGAGGACAAUCAUCACGACAAAUACGAAAUCCCGCCACUUGUGCUUGCUUUCAUGUUAGGCACAGCUCUGUUUGGAACGGUGAUUGGUCAGCUUGUAUUUGGUAGGCUUGGUGAUCGAAUGGGAAGGCGCCACGUAUACGGGAUAUCAUUGAUGCUCAUGGUCGUCAGCUCAAUCGGGAGCGGCUUCUCCUUUUGCAGGACCAAAACCUGUGUUCUUGUCACUUUGGGGUGUUUCAGGUUUUUCCUGGGACUUGGGAUUGGUGGAGACUACCCUUUGUCGGCUGUAAUCAUGUCUGAAUUUGCUAAUAAGAAGACACGUGGCUCCUUCAUAGCGGCUGUGUUUUCAAUGCAAGGGUUUGGGAUUUUGGUGAGCUCCAUGGUGACCAUGGCUGUGUCUAAGAUGUUUGAGGCUGCUUCCAAGAACUUGUCAAAGGAUCAUACACCAGAACAUGCCGAUAUUGCUUGGAGGUUGAUUCUGGUUUUUGGUGCUGUUCCUGCUGGAUUCACAUAUUAUUGGCGCAUGAUGAUGCCUGAAUCCGCCAGGUACACAGCUCUGGUGGAGAAUAAUGUCCAGCAAGCAGCAAUAGACAUGGAGAAGGUCUUAGAUGUUUCGAUUAGCCAAAUAGCAGAAGAUUCUCCGAUAGAGCUGCCACAAAAUCCACCAUCUUAUCCCCUGUUCUCCAUGCAGUUCUUGCGUAGGCACGGAAUUGAUCUCUUCUCCUCUGCCACCAAUUGGUUGCUUCUUGACAUUGCCUUUUAUAGCAGCAACCUCUUCCAGUCCCAGAUUUACAAGCAGCAUCUUGACCUGGAAAACGCAAAUGUUUAUGAUGAAGCUUUCAAAGUUGCUUUCUUCCAAACCAUGGUAGCAAUAUGUGCUGCAAUUCCAGGGUAUUGGUUCACCGUCUAUUAUAUUGAUCGUUUAGGAAGAAGAAAGAUCCAAAUGAUUGGAUUUUUCUGCAUGGGUGUAGUUUAUCUUGCAUUAGGGAUACCAUACAAAUACUGGGGCACUAACAAAAAUAAGGGUUUCCUAGUUCUUUAUGGUCUUACAUUCUUCUUUGCAAAUUUUGGACCCAACACCACGACUUUUAUCGUGCCAGCAGAACUCUUUCCAGCUAGGUUCAGAUCAACAUGCCAUGGGAUUUCUGGGGCAAUGGGGAAGUUGGGUGCUUUCUUUGGGACUCUUGGAUUUCUGUGGGCUACAAAAUAUGAUGACCCAGAUGAUCUUCCAAAAAUCAGCGCAACGAGAUUUGCUUUGGUGAGUUUGGGUGGGAUUUGUUUCUUGGGAAUGGCUGUGACAUAUUUUUUCACACGAGAAACUAAUGGGAGAUCAUUGGAGGAGAAUGAGAAUGAGAAUGAAAUUAUCGAGCUGUACUUGUUCAGAAGUUCGACGGUUGCUGAUCGCCACCCAAAUACUUCUAUUCCUGAAGAAGAGAUUGCUCUGUAA